AUGCCGCUGGACGGGUAUGGAUGGGAACCACCCACCCACCCCUCCCUCUCGGACCUCGACGAAGCAGAAUACAGCCUGCUGAUGGACUACCCCGAGGAAGCCGAUUACUACGCGCUGCUGGGGCUUGCGCGCGAGCCGGCGCCCACGGACGCGGAGAUCCGCUCCGCGUACCGCAAUCUGACGCUGAGCUUCCACCCGGACAAGCAGCCUGCGGAGCUGCGGGAGGCGGCGCAGGGCCAUUUUGGGCGGAUCCAGGAGGCGUAUGAGACGCUGAUUGAUCCGCGGAAGAGGGCUGUGUAUGAUUUGCUGGGGGCAGAGGGGGUGCGGCGGGAGUGGGCGCGAGGUGGUGCGAUAGGGAUUGGUGGGGAGGCGGAGAGGCAGGUGGGCGUGAAGGCGCAGACGCCGGAGGAGUUUAGGGCGUGGUUCCUGGAGACGAUGAAGAGGAGGGAGAGGAGGUUGGUGAAUAGUAUGGUUCAGAGUCGGGGCUCAUUAAGUCUUGGGAUUGAUGCUUCCGAUAUGAUCUCGGUCGAUGAGUAUUCCGGGGAUGUGUUCUUCCACGUACCCUCGCCCCAGAUGUCCUCCUACGCUAUUGGAUACUCCUUCAGGGCACCGUUCCCCACGCCGGAAGUGCUGUUUGGUAAGGAGGAGGUUGGAGACGAAGAUGAGGAGACAGAAGGCGAAUCUGCUGGGCAGAAAACCUCUUCAUUCUCAGACGAACCAGAGACCGAGAUCUCGUUCAAUGCGGGAUUCUCCGGCACUCUCAAACAGAACUAUCGUGAAGUCAAGCUCCAAAUGCAGGAUGACUCAAUUGUGACCCGAGCGAUCCCCUUGCCCUUGCUUUGUGCAGGACGAGAAAUCAGCCUAGGUGCCAGCGUCAACCGGAGCUUUGGGGAUGUCGCGAGUAUGAAGGGCCUUCUGGGAAGACGCCCUUUUAGAUUUUUGAGCAACUCGGCCGUCGCGGUGAAUGCGUCGCUCUUGCCAACUCCGUUAUUGCAAGCAACCCUCGGUAAAGCAUUCAGCCCUAUUCGUGGAACGAGACCGUUCCAAGUCAAUACGAGCGCUAUCAUCACCAAUUCCUUGCUGAAGACGCCGCCUAUACUUGCAGUGCAAGUAACGAAGGGUGUCGGGGAGAGAAAGCAUGCCUUCUGUUCGUGGUCUAGCGGCACCAUUUUCUGGCCCCAGGUCUUCGAGGUCUUGUUCAGCCCAAUCGCUCGACUGGGUGCCGAUACCGACUGGCUCGUAGGCAUGUCCGCUUUCACUCAAAUGAGUCAAUUCCAGGUGGGGCUCAUCUCCACGCCAAAGCGACCACAGAAGGCCCUUGCCAUGGACGAUGAGGAGGAUGGGGAAGAGGACGAAGAGGACGACGAAGAACUCGAGUACAGGCGCCUCCGGAAAAAGGACCAUGACGAGGCAGAUGUGGCCGAGUCCUGGCAGACGGUGAUCACUGCCACGCCAGCUAUAGCAGGCUUAUCCCUGACUUAUGCUCGGAACAUCUUCAACGGUAAGGCGGCCAACGACCCUGUCCGUUCUGAAUGGAGCUCCGAAGGCCAUUAUUCUCUGCCUCCGGCUAUUGAACCUCGGUCUGUACGCCUGGAAAUCCAAAGCACAGUGAAUAUCGAUCUUUCCCUGGCGUGGAACAUCACAGGUAUGCGACAGGUGGGCAGGUUCACCCGCCUGGGUUUCGGCGUGGGCAUCGAAGGAAACCGGGGCCUUGUCAUGACGGCCUCGUGGAGUAGGCUUGGCCAAAGCAUCAAACUCCCCGUCGCGGUCUGUCCAUUCGAGAGCGCGAAUGCAGAUGCCGCCGCGCUUGCAGUCGUCUUCCCCUGGGUGGCCUACUGCGCCUUUGAGUUCUUGUACAACCGUCCUAGAGAGAGGCGGGCGCGUCGUCGCGCCAUCGCUCGACGGCAGAAGCAAUUAAUGAAGUUGGUUCCGAAGAAGAGAGCGGAAAGCCAGCAAGCAAUUAAACUUAUGGCCGAUCAGACCCAGCGUCGACAAGCGAGAGAAGAGUCGCAAGCUGGCUUGGUUAUCACCAAGGCCGAGUAUGGUCAUUAUCCUUCGUCCAAGAAAGCUAAUGACAGCCCGGAAGACUCGGAGGUCGCUGAUGUUACGAUCCCGGUAGCUGCGUUGGUGGACCGCGGUCAAUUGGUCAUAACAAAGGGCACUGUCAAGUUUCAUAUCCUCGGCUUCCAUGACCCUGCACCACUUCUCCCGAAGAAGCUGAAGAUCUGGUAUACCUAUCAUGGAAAGGAGCAUUAUGUUGAAGCCAACGACUCCGAAGGCGUUGCAUGCCCAAUGCGCACGCAUCUACUAUUUAACGAGAGCUGA